AUGCUUCGCCCUUUGCGACGAACGUUGACAUGUCGCAAAUACCUCCACCCGCGACCCCAGAGACGGGCCUUCGAGAGUGCCGCAUCGCCUUUGCCCUCGACGCCGUUCGACUAUAAUGCCGCAGAACUCAGUGCACCAAGAAAGAACAGUGAUGACCAGACCCUACGACGGGUCUUCGACUCCCAGCCGUUUUGGUAUGAGUUCUCUCAGCAGCGCUCCGCGGCCCCUAGGCAAGCUGGGCUAGUACAGAACCAGUACUUGACAAGCCCCGAAGGCUUCAUGUCAUUCGCAAACGUUUCCCUACAAAGAUGUCAAGCGAUUGUCGCCAAGGUGCUGGCCGCUUCAACGGUGGAAGAAUACAGAGCUCUAGCACGAGACCUUGACCGACUGAGUGAUCUUCUGUGUCGCGUCAUCGACCUAUCGGACUUUAUUCGAACCAUUCAUCCCGAGCCUCGGAUACAGGAAGCAGCCACGCAGGCGUGGGCUCUCAUGUUCGAAUACAUGAACGUUUUGAAUACGACGACAGGGCUGCAUGAACAACUCAACAAGGCCUUGAACAACCCCGAUGUGACAUCACACUGGACCGAGGGCGAGACAAUUGUGGCUCAAAUUCUCAACAAGGAUUUCUCGAACUCCGCAAUUCAUAUGCCUCCCAAUGUGCGACAACGUUUUGUAAAUUUGUCUAACGAUGUCAGUCAGUUGGGUUCCGAUUUCAUGAACGGCGCGGAACCCGCGCGGUCCCAGGUGACAUUCGGUGCGAACGCUCUCCAGGGUUUGGACCCCAUAGUCGUCUCUAAGAUCAAGAGAUGGAAUAAGAAGGCGCCAGUUCCUACCAUGGGAAUUGUCCCUCGGCUUGCUCUGCGUUCAGUGCGUGAUGAAGACGUCCGCAAGGAAAUAUACCUCGCCACUCGCACCUCCAGCAAGCGUCAAAUACACAGAUUAGAAGAGCUUUUGACCAAAAGAGCUGAGCUGGCACAGCUUACCGGCUACAACAGUUUUGCGCACAUGACUCUAGGUGACAAGAUGGCGAAGACACCCGAAGCAGUGUCGAACUUCCUAACUUCCCUUGUCUCCAGCAACCGGGGACCAGUACGGGACGAAUUGGCGAAGUUACAACAACUGAAGGGAAAUGCUACCCUUCAACCUUGGGAUCAUGCGUAUUACGUCCACAAACGCGUUCUAGAGUAUACGCAAGCCCGUCGCUCUCGUCACGCAGGUGUGAUCAAUGAAUACUUCUCUCUGGGAACAGUGAUGCAAGGUCUCUCUCGACUCUUCGACCGUCUCUACGGCGUCCGCUUGGUUCCACACGAAGCAUCCCCCGGCGAAACCUGGCAUCCAGAUGUCCGUCGAUUGGAUGUGGUAGACGAAUCGGAAAGACAUAUUGCAGUCGUCUACUGUGACUUGUUUACUCGACCUAGCAAGCAUCCCAACCCGGCUCACUUCACUUUGCGCUGCUCCCGCGAGAUCUCGGCGGAAGAGGUAGCCGAGUGCGCCUCGAUGAACCAAUCCGCACACCCCAAUGACGGCAUGGCGACCGGUGUCGACCCACAAACCAAAACCUUGCGCCAGCUGCCCACAAUCGCUCUCGUGUGUGACUUCCAGGAGCCGCAGGCCAAUGGAAGUGGUCAGCCAACCCUUCUCAGCGAGCAGAGCGUUCGCACUCUAUUCCACGAGAUGGGCCAUGCUGUCCACUCGAUCCUCGGCCAAACGCCUCUCCAGUCGAUCUCGGGAACUCGUUGUGCCACGGACUUUGCCGAACUUCCUUCCGUGUUGAUGGAGAGUUUCGCGACUGCGCCAGAGGUGCUUUCUUUGUACGCGCGUCACUGGCGAACCGAUGAACCUCUAUCUGAGAGCAUGAUGCGAAGCAUGGAGCUUGAUCGCACUGCGCACGGUUCUAUUUACGGCGCUGUAGAGAAUGAGGCGCAGAUUCUCAUGGCACUCGUCGACCAGGCAUACCACUCCAUUCCAGCUGAGAUCAGCUCGGCUGGCAUUGACUCCACCGAAAUCUAUCACCGGGUGUUCUCUCAGCACUCUAGUCUCCCCGACCCGGAUAACAUCCAGCCCCGUACUUCAUGGCAAGGCUUUUUUGGGCACUUGUAUGGCUACGGCGCCACUUACUACAGCUAUAUUCUCGACCGCGCAAUCGCCAAUAAACUCUGGCAGGACGUCUUCCAGUCCGGUCAGGCGGCGACUGAUCGCGCCGCCGGCGAGCGAUACAAGAAUGAAGUACUUCGCUGGGGCGGUGGCCGCAAUGGCUGGCAAUGUGUAGCUGGUGUUCUGGGCAGCAGCAAUCCCUCCAACGCCGAUGGGCGUCUGGCUGAAGGCGGCGACGAAGCCAUGCGUGAGGUUGGUCGCUGGGGCCUCGGGCGUGAGGGCAUGUCUGGAUAA